GAAGCCUUCCUCGGGGGGCCCCGGUACUCCUAGUCGUGCUAAGAUGAAAGGAAGCAGAACACAAGUAAAAAGGGGACAUCUCUGAGCUCUGGGUGUGCCUAGAAAAAGCGUAGAAUCGUGCACUGGAUGCCGGGCUGAGCACCUACUCCCUACUGGGCAGUGGCAUUUAGCCUUGAGCAAACCAGACUGGCUACGCAUCAGAUGGAGAAGUGGAAGAGUGGUUGAGUCCCGAUACCUGCAGUACGAGAAGAAAACCACCAAAAAGUUUACGUAGAGUGAGGCGUCACUCUCCAGCCUACAGUUCUGCGAGUUUGGGCAAAAACUCACCCAGUCACAGACACACCACAGUCAAGAUACCGAACAGUCUGUCACUCCCAAGAUCCCUCGGUGCUCCAAUGAAGCCAGCCCCACUGCAUCCCAGGCGGUUACCUGUUUCCGUUUCUGUAGGCUUGCCUUUUCCGGAAGGUCAUUUAAAAGGUGUCACACGGGAUGCAGCCUCUUGCGUCUGGCCUCUUUCACGUAAAGGAGAGGAGGUCUCUCCCUGUGGUUGCCUGUCACAGCUUCUGCAGCAGAUGCAUUAAAGACCAGUGGGAAGAUGCCUGAAGGUACAAGGAGAGUCCACCUGCUCCAGAAGAGCAAAGACAGCAGUGGCAUUGGGAAAGGAGACCUGCAGUCCACGUUGCUGGAAGGGCACGGCACCGCCCCGCCUGACCUGGACCUCUCGGCCAUCAACGACAAAAGCAUGGUUAGAAAGACUCCGCAGUUAGAAAAAACGAUGUCAAAGAAAACCGAGUCGACGUCCUUUUCGGCUUCACAGAAGAAGAGCCCAGGCCCGUCUGAGUCGAUGGAAAUGAUGGAAUCUCAAACGUUGCUCCUGACUCUACUGGCCGUAAAGAUGGAGAACAACCUGGUUCCAUUCGAAGAAAAGGCAGAAAGAAACUUAUUACUAAUGUGCAAAGAGAGGGAGAAGCUGCAGAAAAAGGCCCACGAGCUGAAGCGCAAACUUCUCCUCUGUCAGAGGAAGCGGGAGCUGGCAGACAUCCUAGACGCUCAGAUUGAGAUGCUCAGCCCCUACGAGGCUGUGGCCGAGCGCUUUAAGGAGCAGUACAAGACGUUCGCGACGGCCCUGGACACCACGAGGCAUGAGCUUCCGGUGAAAUCAAUCCACCUGGACGGGGACAGGCAGCAGUUCUUAGACAGUUUGCAGCGUGAAUUGACGACCACAUGCCACCUGCUGGGAGAACUUGGGAUCGGCAGUUUAGAAGAAAAUUUGAAAGCUCUGAACCUGCUGAGCGAACUCAAGGAAAUGACCCAAAAGAAGGAUCUAGAGCUCCGAAGGAGCUUUGCCCAGGUGCUGGAACUCUCUGCCGAGGCAAGUAAAGAGGCGGCCUUGAUCAACCAGGAGGCCUGGGAAGAGACCCAGGGCCUCACGGCCUCCAGCCAGUGGUAUUUCAAUCAAGAAGGCGCCUGCGGGGAAACUCCGGGACACGUCAGGCCUCCGCUCUUGCUGGCCACUAGUGAGCCGCGCACGGUGUGAAUCUGUGUGCAGGCCGUGUCCCCUGACACAGCUGGGGACCUCUGCAAACUGUAGGGAAGAAAGCCCGUCCCCUGCCACUGGCUCAGGGCACACGUGUGCUGUGGUGGCACAUGUGCGAUGCUCUGGGAGCUCGAGCACUUUAGACGCUAAUUCAGCAGAAUAGCUGUUUUGUAUGAGCAUUUCGCCUGAUAUUUAAAAAAUAAAACUUUUGCAAUCGC